ACUAUUCUGAUUAGUCAGUUAUCUCCUUGACCUUACCUCUGCUGCUCCAAGCCUCCAAGUCCAAGCUUUUUCCCAUUUGCAGUUUUUCAUUGACUUUGUUUCAGGUAAUGGCUGAAGAGAAAACGUCUCUCUUGGACUCUGCCACCUCCUCCAUUAGCUACAGUGACUCACAAGGGAUAGCCUCCCAGCUGGACAGGUUCAUAUAUAUCGUCACAAAGCCCUGGAAAUUCGCCGUAAAGAAAGCAUACCUCAAGGAAUGUCUUGCCGAAUUUUUAGGAACAUUUCUCCUAGUGGUAAUUGGUAAUGGUGCUAUUGCUCAAACUUUAUUGAGCGAACCGCCAGACCAGUUUGGUACAUUCCGAUCCAUUAACAUAGGCUAUGGGCUAGCACUGAUGAUAGGUAUAUAUAUGUCUGCUGGUGUGUCAGGGGGGCACCUAAAUCCAGCUGUUACUCUAGCAAUGGCGUUCCGUGGGAAAAUGAAAUGGCUAUUGGUGAUCCCGUAUUGGGUGUCUCAGUUUUUGGGUGCUUUUAUGUCAGCUCCUUUUAUUCAUGGGAUAUACAAUGAUGCCAUUAAUGCUGCUGGUGGUAAGACUAAUGCUACAGCUGGUAUAUUUGCAACUUAUCCCGCCCCUUAUCUCUAUAUUGGUACCGGGUUCUUUGAUCAACUGUUUGGGACUUUUAUUCUUGUCAUUGGUAUUUUUGCUGUGACUGACUCCAAGAACUCUGAGGUUCUAUCUGGCCUGAAACCAUUCAUCAUUGGACUAUUACUGUGGGCUAUUGGUUCUUCAUUCGGCAUGAACGCUGGAUACGCCAUUAACCCAGCAAGGGACUUUGGACCAAGACUGUACACUGCUAUGGCUGGCUGGGGCAAGGAAGUGUUCUUAUGUGAUUUUUGUGGUAACAUAAGACACUGGUGGUGGGUCCCUCUUGUUGCCCCAAUGUUUGGAGGGCUCAUUGCAGCUUUUGUUUAUUGGUUUUUCAUUGAUGCUCAUCAUCCCAAGGAAAAUGAUGGCAAAUACAAGAGCAUCAACAAGGAAUAAAAAUUGAGUUAAUAACUAGUUAAUAACUGCUUCUGCUGCUAAAAAUGCUAAUGCUGGUGCAUUGCUAGUUAAUUAACUAUAAUUAACAACUAUUGCUGUUAUUUUUUUAUAAAAAGAUUUAUUCAAAUUACCUGUGAAA